UUCUGUGAAAGACAGACAUGAUGUCAGGCCAGUGCUGGCUGGUACUAGGACCUAUCACAAUAGGUCCAUGCUAGUACCAGGGUAUACAUGUAAGUUUAUUUUAAGGAUAUCAAUUUAAGGGCAUUUAAAAGGGAAGUUCGGAACUAUUCACUAAGCAUUGAUGAACUAGUUUCUCUGGAUAGAUGAUCAAUUAUUUGGCCUAAUGAAGCAAUUAGCUCUUCUUCUCCUUCUCGGCUUCGCCGGUUUUUCAUCGGCCCAAGUUUUCGGAUUUGGUGGCUGUCCUGACGUGCGCGUAGCCGAGGACUUUCAGCUUGACCGCUACCUUGGUCGUUGGUAUGAAAUCACAAAGUUCUACGCUUCCUUCGAGGCUGGCGUUUCAUGCGUGACGGCCGAGUAUCGACCAGGAGAUGAUGGUCAAAUCCUUGUCAUCAACACAGGACGAACGCGAGAUGGCGAGGCGACGAGCACCACUCUGGGGGAACUCGUACAACCCAAUCCGGACGAAGGAGCAAAGCUGCAGGUCCAAUUCUUUAACAGAGGUGAGCGAACAGGCGGAUUUUGGAUUCUAGAUGUGGACUAUGACAGUUAUGCUCUGGUACACGGGUGCACAGAAAUCUUCUUUGGUUGGUUUAACUUCCAAAACAACUGGGUUCUCGCCCGUGAUCCGUUCCCGUCUGAAGACGUCAUCCAAAAUGCCUUGAGAAAGUUUGGAGAACAGGGCAUCAAUGUGGACAAGUUCAUCAGAGCCGAUCGAACGAACUGCGAGACAGAACCUCCAAGUCCAACAGAGACCCCUGGAACUGACAGACCACGUCCAUCAGAAGGCACUGACAGGCCACGCCCCUCAGAGGGCACUGAUAGACCACGCCCAUCCGAAAAUCCUGGCACUGAACGACCACGUCCAUCAGAAGGGACUGGCAGGCCACGCCCCUCAGAGGGAACUGACAGACCACGCCCUACAGAGCCAUCAGCAUCUGAAAGACCGCGCCCUUAAGAACUGUACUCGUUAAAAUGCGACAUCCUUCAUGUAUGACUUCUAGCACUAAUGAACAAAGGUCAACAGGACCUGAACCAGUUUAACGAAAUUAUCGCAUUCUAGAAAAUUAUUGGCCAAUACCAUUAGUCUUUUAAAACACGCGUUUCUAAAUGUAUCCAGAUCUACUGUCGUGACUAGCUAGCUGAUCCCUGGAUUUUAACUUUCAAGGUUCGGUUAAUAAGAUUUAAAUCAUAAUUAUUUGAGAUUUGAAAAUUUAUCAUUCGAAUUAAAUUUGAAUCCAGAGUCCAAUUAGUAUAAAAACGUGCCAGAUCUGGAUUUAUCUCGAAUACCUGUAAUUUAGAGACAAUAAUUAUCAACAGAAGGUACAGCGUAUAAUGUCUCUGUGUGUGUUAUUUUUUUCGACAACGGGAACCGGUUUUCCUUGAAAAAAAAAACUACUUUACUUCUGUUGAGUGCACGUGUCGAUAGUAUGAGAUUAUAUUUAUUUGCUUUGAAGCUUCAUAAAUUAGUAUGAAUUAAAGAAACAACUAGGUCGA